UAUAUAUAUAUCUCUCUCUCAUACAUUUUGAUAUCCACAGCGGAAACCGCGUUCUCUGUUUUCGCUGUAGCACUCUAUCUUCUCUUAUUCUAAAGUGCCUCUUUUCAGACACUCCCUAUAUAUGUGUAAAUUUCAGCUUGUUUGGAAAUGGGCUGAAUGAACUUUUAACAGAUAAGCAAAGCAACGUAGAGAGAGAGAGAGAGAGAGAGAGAAUGGCUCAAUUUCAGAGGCGGCGCCACCACUAUUACAACCGUCUACGCCUUGUAAUUCCUUUAAUCUCCGCCGUCUCCGGUGUUCUUCUUAUCCUCUUUGCUUUCCUCUCCUUCCUCGCCCCUACGCCUCUCGAUUCCGAUCAACUCCGUCACCGUCUCCUCCAACAUUCCCCCACCAACAAGGUUGAUGAGAACGAUGCGGUUGGAGUUCCAAAGUUUCGCGUUCCGAAACGAGGGAUGAAAUCGGAUCGUGAUAUUUGGACUUCAAAAAAUUCCAAAUUCUACCGUGGAUGCAGCAAUGCCAGCAGCAAAUUUCCAAAAGUUGAAGCUGUAACACAUACCAAUCGGUACUUGGCGAUAGCAACCAGUGGAGGAUUGAAUCAACAAAGAACUGGGAUUACAGACGCUGUUGUUGCUGCUCGCAUAUUAAAUGCUACUCUUGUUAUUCCGAAGCUGGACCAAAAGUCAUUUUGGAAAGAUUCUAGUAACUUUUCAGAGAUCUUUGAUGUUGAUCAGUUUAUAUCAUAUCUGUCAAAAGACGUUAAAAUCAUUAAGCAGCUCCCAAGAAAGGGAAAGAAAAAAAUUAGUAUGCCCACCAUGCGUGUUCCAAGGAAGUGUAGUGAAAGAUGCUAUCACAAUCGUGUAUUACCUGUUCUCUUGAAAAGGCAUGCUGUUCAGCUGACUAAGUUUGAUUACAGACUCGCAAACAAGUUGGAUACAGAUUUGCAAAAGUUGAGAUGUAGAGUUAACUACCAUGCUCUAAAAUUUACUGAUCCAAUACUUGAAAUGGGUGAAAAAUUGGUCCAUCGAAUGAGAUUGAAAAGCAAACAUUAUAUUGCAUUGCAUCUGAGGUUUGAACCUGAUAUGCUUGCAUUCUCAGGAUGUUAUUAUGGUGGAGGAGACAAGGAAAAGAAAGAGCUGGGUGCAAUACGAAGGAGGUGGAAAACUUUACAUAUUAGUAAUCCUGAUAAGGAAAGGAGGCAUGGAAAAUGUCCACUCACACCAGAAGAAGUAGGUCUGAUGCUGAGAGCACUGGGAUAUGGCAGUGAUGUCCAUAUUUAUGUGGCAUCUGGGGAAGUUUAUGGAGGGGAAGAGACAUUGGCACCCCUAAAAGCACUGUUCCCUAAUUUCUAUUCAAAAGAGACUAUAGCCACCAAGGAGGAGUUGGAACCAUUUUCUUCAUUUUCUUCUCGCAUGGCUGCACUUGACUUUAUAGUUUGUGAUGAGAGUGAUGUAUUUGUUACCAACAACAAUGGUAAUAUGGCUAAAAUAUUAGCUGGAAGAAGGAGGUAUUUUGGACACAAGCCUACCAUUCGUCCAAAUGCUAAAAAACUAUAUCGAUUGUUCUUAAGCAAAAGUAACAUGACUUGGGAAGCAUUUGCCGCUGGAGUUCGUACUAAUCAGAGAGGUUUCAUGGGGGAGCCAAAUGAAGUGAGGCCAGGCAGGGGUGAGUUUCAUGAGAACCCAUCUACCUGCAUAUGUGAAGAUUCUCAGGCCAAGGCAAAGAAAGAUUCAGGACCGAGAAAAUAUGGCAAGGGUUAUGAUGCCCCAAGAAAAGAUGAUGUAAUAAUUGAUGAUCAGAACGCUGAUGAUGAGCCAGAAUGGCCUGAUACGGAUGAUUAUGAUCUGAAUGUGUCCCUAGAGAAGGGUCUCUUCAAUGGAACUGUUUUGGAUUAUGAUGGAGCAUCCUCUGAUUAUGGUGAAUUGGAAGAGAUGCUAUCAGACUAACUAAGCUAUUUCUAACCAAUGCUUUAGGCCAAGACCUUUUGACCAUGGUGUGCAUAUAUGCCAUCCUGUACAUAAAACCAUGGGGAAAGAAAAGUGUAUUCCACAAUUUAGUCAUGACAGUGAGCUAUUUAUAAAAUUUCAACCUCAGGAGCACACUACUGGAAGUCGUUGGAUGGAAUGGAUCUCAAAUGUUGAAGAUGGAGACAUACAUGGGCUUUUAGUCUAUGCAGCAAAACAGGCACAAGGAAGAUGCAAGAAGGGGGAAGAAUGGGUGCUGGAGUCGAGAAUUAUUUUUUGAAGGUUUGCUAGAUAAAUCAAAUUAUUGAACUGCUUAUUGCUUUUAACAAGGGAAAUCGUUGUUUAUGGAUCCUAGUCAUUUCCAAAUGGGAAAGAGUUGAUGUAGCUUUGUUCUCUCGUUUUUCCUUGUUAAUUUUCUUUUCCUUUUUUGGUCAUAUUAUCUUCUUAGGUGAUGGAAAUUACAUCAUCUCCUUCUCAUGUCAAUCUAGGCUGUUGGUUCCUUGUAUGAAGAGAGGGGCAGUCAUUGAAGGAGGCUGUAAACUAUGUAAAAAUGUAAAAUCACGUCAAGUAUUUUUGAAAGAGAUUAAUCAAGCUUGAGUUCAGAUGCAAUUGACUUUUGUGGUCUAUUGUUGUAUAUAUUAUAUUUUGCUUUAGUCUUUAA